UCGAUAUCGAUUCUGUAUCUUCGUUUGGCUCCUUAGCCUCUCUGUCUCCUACCCUCGUCACCGAGCGGUCUUCCUGGUCGUCCAUCAGACGACUUUGGUGCAAAUUCGCCGCAGAAGUACAUAGAGCCCGAGCAUGGUGUUCUGUUUCGAAAGCGAUAUGGUCUCUGUCCUUAUCGUCGACGAUGUGCAGCGAGGUGCGAGCGAGAAUACGAGGCAUAAGGCUGGUCUCGCGCUCGCGAUAAUCGCGAUCAUCAUUGGCAUUCUGGUGCUCUUAUCACCGUGCAUUAAGUGUCUUAUCCUCAGACGUCAGGGCAAGUCAUGGCGCGCUGCAAUGCAGGAAGCGUUGCAGAGUACGGCUCCUAACCAGCGCCGAACGCCACGGUCGACCCGACCUUACCAGCUUCAACCCAGGCGGUCACACUGGAAAAUUCGUUUUGUGCGCCUGUUGUCACAUGGACGGCAAUCUGAGGAGACCUUGCCUACGUGGGCGCUUAGUCCCCCUCCCGAUACUGUUCCUCUGCCCCCGCCGGCCCACGUCAGGCACGGGAGCAUCAGCGAGACGCAAGACCCUCUAGGAUUGGAUGCAUUACCUGCGUACAGCGAUGAAGCAGGCCGUCCACCAAAGUAUCAAGAAAUGAUACCAUAGCUAGACUCGGCUCAAGUUAUUGUACCGUUCUCUUCCGCUCCCUCUUGCAACCUAUCCAUUUCAGCUUUCGUAUCUGUGUCGUCAUCAUCACUCUCCCAUAGCGACGAGUACCAGUCAUCAAUUCCUUGGGCGGAUGUACUAUAAUCACAUGCACACUACGGCCCUGCCCCACAGCGGAUCUUGGUGGAGCGCAUGUCGGACGAAGCGCCCUCGGACCUCGUGCGUCGUCCUACGUGGACGUCUGUUCGCCUGGAAACUACCCGAGCUCGCUGGCCCAGCUGACGGCGCUAAUGCAACCCCACCGCACCACGGUGACGUCACCGCCAGUCUUGGGCAACAACGGGCGACUUCCUUCGACGCGUCGACGUCACUUCCCAAACGAGCCGGACGUCGCGAUAUAUAAAGGCUACCUGGAACAUCCAGUCUCUUCAGAAACAACACCCACAACCACAACCACACACAGUUUUCACGACUUUCACUAUGUCUUCCACCACCAACAACAACGAGCCCAACAAGACCUCUGGCCAGUUCCACUCGACCAAGGGCAACGUCGUCGAGAUGGUGGGCAACGCAACUGGCUGGGAGUCGUGGCAGACGUCUGGUCGCGAAGAGCAUGCCCAGGGCGAGGCUGAGUACAAAGCUGCUCAGGUCAAGGGCUACGCGGAGGGCGGCGUCGACCGCCUCGGCGGCAAGAAGGACGCCGUUGUCGGUGCCAUGACAGGUGACCGUCAGCAAGAGGCUGCUGGCAACAUCCGCCAUGACAAGGGUCAGGCCCAGCAGAACAUCAACGACCCAACGUCUUAAAUCACGUCAUCAUUAUACCCCGUUAUGCUUU